AUGGUGGACUGGAGAGCAUUAGAAACUAUUCUGAAUGAAAUUGAUUUGCCAACAAAAUUUGUUUGCUGGAUUAUGCUUGUUGUGUCCACAGUCUCAUAUCGGUUCAAUGUCAAUGGGGAGUAUAGUAAAAUCAUGAAGGCAAAUAGAGGUGUGAGGCAGGGGUCCCAUAUCCCCUUACCUGUUUGUGAUUAUAAUGGAAUAUCUAGCAAGAGUAUUGGGGAUCCAAGAUUAGUUAAGAUUAUUAUGGAUGUCUUCAACAAUUUUACGAAGGCCACGGGAUUAACGCUCAAUGCUACCAAAAGUUCUAUCUACUUUGGUGGAGUGGAAGAUACAAUAAAGACACAAAUCUUACAGAAGACGUUGUUCAAUGAAGGACUGCUUCCAUUCAAAUAUUUAGGUAUUCCUCUAACAACGAAAAGACUUUCUAUCACUCACUAUAUGAUAUUGGUUGAUAAAAUUAUGGAAAGGGUGAAACAUUUGAGCACUAUGUUACUAAGAUAUGUUGGUCGUCUCGAACUUUUAAAAAGUAUUACCUCCGCAAUUGCAAAUUAUUGGUUACAAUGUCUCCCAUUACCGAAAUUCGUAAUUAAGAAUAUCAAUACAAUAUGUCGUACGUUUCUUUGGACAGGUGGUGUGGAACCAAGUAAUAUAAGUCCAAUUGCUUAG